AUGCUCCUGGAGGAAGUUCGACACUACCGUGAAAGUGGCCUUCCAUCCCGUGCACCGAACAGCAUGAACAACUAUGGCUUGGUGCUGAAUGAGAUCGGCCUACGUGCCUCGUUCACUUCUGUGUUGAAGGAGGUCCUCCUUCCCAUCGGGGCAAGGCUUUUCGGCAGUGAUGAAGAUCGCGUGCAAUGUGUGGGUGGUGUCGACGUGGAAACUGAAGAUUGGGGUGGCUCCACCCUCGACGACCAUCACAGUUUCAUCGUCCAGUACCGUCCAACUGACGACAAGCACUUGGACAUGCACAUCGAUGAGUGCGAUGUAACGUUCAACUUUGGUGUCACAUCACAUGAAAACUUCGAGGGUAAUGAUCUGACUUUUUGCGGAAUGUUUGACUCAGCGAGCCAUCGCAAGCUGCAUCACAGGUACAAGCACGUUCGCGGACGUUGCGUUGUGCACUCUGGGAAGCGACGUCAUGGUGCCAUGGACAUCGAGAAGGGCGAGAGAGCCUCUCUGAUCAUGUGGACGAAGAGUCGGAGCUUUCGGCGAACAGAGGCGUACCGGGAAAGGAAUCGCAAAGGGCUCACAUAUGGUGAGGCAGACAAUGUUUGCCUCAGCUACACGCAUGAUCCUGACUACAAGAAGCUCAUGCCAAAAAAGUUCCAGUACCACAUGAAGCAGGAAGCACAAGAUGCAGCUGAAAGGAGUGUGAAGACAGAGAAGAGAUGGAUCCGUGUAUGUACAUCAGAAGACUUGGUGGAAGGUACAUCGAAGAUGAUCGAGCUGGAGCAAGAGAAUGAGCAGGUGGCCGUCUUCCGACACAGAGGUGAGCUCUUUGCUUUGGACAACCGCUGUGCCCACAUGGGUGGUUCGUUAUGCGAAGGUGAGAUUGAAGACAUCGGCACCACUGGCCUAGGUGCCAGCGACUCCAAAGCCACAGAUGGCAUGGUCAUUUGUCCUAGACACUAUAUGUGCUUCAACCUCCGCACCGGGGCAAAUGUUGAGGGUGAUCCCAUGAGCCAGAAGGUUUAUCCUGUUCGUCUGUCGGCAGAUGGAAAGGAUGUGGAGGUGGAGGUGGAGAUGGAAGUUGUUGUCCCACCUCUUUCUGUCCCAUCACGCCUCCCUGCACUUCUUCAGAUGCUGGGCAGCUGGAUUUUCAAGUUUCAGCAGGAACCAAAGUUUGCAGUUGCUGGGUUGGGUUGCUUAACCUUCUUCAUCGUCGCAGGCCUGCACUUACGCAGCACGUUCCGAGACGCGAAGACCAACCUGAGAUAA